UCGCAGCUGGAUGACGACACGAGCCGUGGUGGUGCUGGUUUGCCACGUCGGUCUCCGUGCAGCGCACUUACACUGUUGCUCCUCCAGCCCCGUGCCAACUUUUAGACCCGUUUUAUGUUUUCGGGCGAGGAGAAGGCGACCCCCCAGCGCCACCGUUGCCGUCGGAAGUCGUCGCCACGCCCGCGUAGUGUCGGUUGCUGAAGCUAGAAGGUGGAGAAAUGCCCGUCGCUGUCUGGACUCGCCACACAACUGACUGAUGCAUCCUCGCUCGGCUCAGUUCAGCCCCCCCGCAUGUUGUCGAUGUUGUUGGCCUUGCAGUACAUGGUGGGUUUCUGAGAGGAACGGUGACUGGCGACCAUGCCAGGAGGCCGCAGGGGUCCCACCAGACAGCAGCUAAGUCGCUUCUCUCUGCCGUCCCUGCAGACUCUGGUCGGAGGCAACGUCAGCAAUGGCACGGGCCUCAGGAGCAGAAGCAGUAACUCUGUGGGUCUGUCUGCUCCGCCUAUUUCUACUCUCAUCACUCCGGAGCCGGUGCGUCACUCGAGGAUCCCCGAGCUGCCGUUGGACAGCAGCUUCCUGUUUGAGUUCCUGCUCUUCCUCUACCUGUUGGUCGCGUUAUUUGUCCAGUACAUCAACAUCUACAGGACAGUGUGGUGGUACCCCUACAGUCACCCCGCUGCCUCUACCUCGCUUAACUUUCAUCUAAUGGACUACCACCUCGCUAUCUUCAUCUCUGUUAUGUUGGCCAGGAGGCUCGUUUGGACCAUUGUGUCGGAGGUGUCCCAAAGCAGUGGAGGAUCUCUGCUCCGCUACAUAGUGCUUAUCGCAGCUCGGCUCAGCUUGCUGACCAUGUGUGGCUGGGUGCUCUGCUGGACGCUGGUCAACCUGUGCAGGAACCACUCUGUCCUCAACCUGCUCUUCCUGGGAUACCCGUUUGGUGUGUACGUCCCACUCUGCUGUUUCCACCAGGAGGGAGGGAAAAGCCCAGCGUCGGGGUCUGACUGCGAAUACCCCGCUGACCACCAGCAGGCCGACCUCGUGGAGUCGCCGUUCUUUCGGCCGCGCGACUUCCUCUUCCUCUUGCGAGAGAACAUCAGAGAGCAGCUCUCCAGCCCCCCGCACAUGCCCACCCACACCUGCCCGCAGCACAUACACUCGGACACGCCCGAGCUGAUUCGAGCAGAAGUGGAGGAGCUGAAAAGCGAUUUUAACCGGAGAAUAAAAGAAGUGCUGUUCAACUCACUGUUCAGCGCUUACUAUGUAGCCUUCCUGCCUCUCUGCUUCGUUAAGAGUACACAGUACUAUGACAUGCGCUGGUCCUGUGAGCAUCUGAUAAUGGUGUGGAUCAACGCCUUUGUGAUGCUGAUGAGCCAGCUGCUGCCCCCCAGCUACUGCGACUUGCUUCACCGCUCGGCGGCUCACCUGGGUCGCUGGCAGAAGCUGGAGCACGGUUCAUACAGCAACACACCUCAGCACGUGUGGUCAGAGAGCACUGUUUGGCCUCAGGGGGUGUUGGUACGACACAGUCGAUGUCUAUAUAAGGCUGUUGGGUCCUAUAAUGUUGCUCUGCCCUCUGAUGUUUCCCACGCAAGGUUUUAUUUCCUGUUUCAUAAGCCGUUGCGGAUCUUAAACCUGCUGAUCGGGAUCGAGUCCAGUGUGGUUCUGUACCAGCUAUACUCUCUGCUGCGCUCUGAACGCUGGAACCACACGUUGUCCCUGGGCCUUAUUCUCCUCUGCAACUACUACGUGCUUUUUAAACUUCUCCGAGAUCGCAUCGUGUUGGGCAAAGCCUAUUCCUACCCUCUUUCCUCCAGCAGUUCUGGGCUCAAGUCACAGUAAAGGACACCAAGACCUCACCUACAGAUGCUGGAUGUGGAGCUGGGGGGGGUCAGAGGGGUACAGACUGAACUCAUAACUGUGUUUUUGAUACGGUUCUAUUUUUAAUGCGAUGUUUGUAUAUGCCUAUUUAAAAGAAUAUUUUUAUUUUGUAUACUAUUUCGUGUUACACCGGGCAUUACAGCUCUGAUGACGUUAGCAUGUUGUUAAGUUGUUGCCAGACAACAGGGAAGUCAGGGAAUGCCUGGGGGUGACUUUCACCAAAGAUAAUUUAAGUGCAAGUGGCCAAUCGCAGAUCGGGUGUGGCCCCAAGUUAUCAGUAAAUAAAGUGAGGAACUCGAGACGAGAGGUAGGAGACGUGCCUGAGAUCCAGUUUGUUUGUUUUUUUGUCUUUUUAUCUGUUUCAUCCCAGAACCUUUUUUUUUUUCCUGCAGGCAACCAUUUUCUUUGGUGGCUAUGAGUUUGUUAAUUUCAGCACCAAUUGCAGCAAUUUUUACCAACCCUUGGAUUCUGCUCUCAAAGAAGUUUGUCAUUUCGCUCAAAUGUACUUAUUGGCAGAGUUGUAUUAGAAAGGUCACUUGUUUCUUUUCUGGAUCAUAACAAAGUUCCUCAGUUUAUUCAAUAUAAAACGGAAGUAAAAGAACAAAAGGUAACAAAUUUCUCCCCUUGUGUUUUUUGUUUUAUAUUGUAUGUGGAUGUAAUGUGGGCCAUAUGUUUUCCAUGUUUUAUUUCAUUGACUCGGUUAAACUAAGCCACCCGUGGUGAUUCUAGCCAUAGGACCAUGAGAGGGCCUUCUUACAGGCUUACAACUAGGCCAAAAUAACAAAGUGUAAUCCUCAAAGUGACAAACGGUUUCCUGCAUCAGAAUCUUAGUUGGGUUUUUGUUUUUCAAUUCCAUCAAAACAAGGAUAACUGAUCCGAUUUAAGUCAGUAGGAAAGAUGAUUUGACCGAGGGGAAGACCCAGAGCUCGGUGGAGAGACUAUAUAUCCCGUCUGGCCUGGGUACCACUUGGGAUCCGCCCCAGAAUGAGCUGGAGGACGUCUCUGGGGAGAGGGAUGUCUGGGUUUCCCUAGUGGACCCGUUUCCCCUGCAACCUGAUCUCAGAUACAUGAUGACAAUGGAUGGAUGGAUAAAUGUUUAGUCCUGCUUGGCAUCAGUUAGAAUUCCAGCUGGUACCAAACCAUAAAAAAAAAAAUUCUAAUAAAUUUUUUUCCAAGAGGUGGUGGUGUUCAAGAGAUUAUUGCCAUUCUUAAACUCGGAGCAUAAAAACAAGGAUAAACAUUUAUUCUCACAUAUCUAAAAGUCUGAAAAGUCGGUACCGUGCAAAGGUGCAUUAUUCAGUUCAAAGCUCAGAUGUCCGACAUCAAUUUGACAUGCUAAAUUCAACUUUCUGUGUGACUGUAGGUUUCUGUUUUAUAGGUUGAAUACACAACACUUUAACUCCUGAAUGGGAGGAAAAUGCAACUUAGUAGUGGCAGAUAAAGAUGGCGCAACACCUUACCUUUUUCCCACUGUAAAAAAAAAAGAAAGAAAAAGCUGUCAUCACUCUGAGCAGGAUUUACCAGAAGCUACUGUUUGAUAGGGAUGAAAGCCAAGAGGAAGCUAGCAGGAAAUACUCGUGUAGUUCCCAUAUGCAAAGUUACCAAACAAAGCUCACGUUUUACUUUGUCUCACUUGUUGAACACCUUCAUACCGUACACAAUUGCUUUUCCUUCUUUAGUUUCAGUAUUGAGAAGAAAAAUGCAGAAUUUUCAAUUAAACUCGACUGAAAAUGCAAAAACCGGUUUUCCUCUUAGGUUUGCUCUUUGGUGCUGAUGUGUUUCACUUUUUUUUUUCACACGAAUGUAGUAAAUAUCAGCAACAAACUGGCUCUGCUGAGGUGGCAUGUUUGUUUAGCUGAUUCCAACCAGCCUUAAGAGCACGGUGAUAGAAAUGCUGGUUCUGAUUGUUGUGGUUCUACCAUCUUUCACUUGCCCUUAACUUAGUAAAAUUGCUACUGAUGUAUCAUUUUGAAAAGGUCAAAUAACGUGGCUAUGCACCUUUUAAAGGUUUUAGAUUCAGCAUCUUUUUCGGUUACUGAAAUGUUUUAUCUUUACCCCUUUCCAAUUGGUGAUUCCUAAAAUAGGUGGAAAAAAAAGGUUCGAUCAGUCUGUGUGUUAACAGGAAGAUCUCAUAUUUACCUUGUGAUCCAACUUCUGUCAAAUGUAUUUGAUCUUAUCUGAGUUUACAUAAAAUUGUAUAAAGUGAU